CUGAUGGAUAGAAGAGGGAGGAGUGAAGUCUUCAGUCUGAUCUGACGGAGCAGGAGUACAGAAACCAUAUUUACAGGUACAUGUGACAGCGCUACAGCUAUGAGUGGAAUUUUAAGGGGGAAGUGUGAAGAAAUUGACAGAUCCUAUUCCUCUGUGCAGGAAUCAGAUGAUGAAGUUUUUAUCUGUGACAGUGCUGACAGUGUUGAUAGUGUCAAUCCAUCCACCUCUAAUCAUUCACUGGAAAAAAUAAGGAGAUAUCAACAGACUGAAAAGAUGUCUUCAGAGGCAUAAUCUUCAGGAAGAUACUGGCGUUCAUGAGAUCUCAAGGUACAUGUGACAGCGCUGCAGCUAUGAGUGGAAUUUUAAAGAGGAAGUUUGAAGAAGUUGACGGCUCCUCGCCCUGCUCCUCCGUGCGGGAAUCUGAUGAUGAAGUUUCCAGCAGUGAAAGUGCUGACAGUGGGGACAGUGUCAAUCCAUCCACCUCUAAUCAUUUCCCCCCUUCCUCCAUCCUCAAAAGGGAGAAGCGGCUGCGGACGAAGAAUGUGCAUUUCAGCUGCGUCACCGUGUACUACUUCACCAGGAGGCAGGGCUUCACCAGCGUGCCCAGCCAAGGGGGCAGCACGCUGGGCAUGUCCAGCCGCCACAACAGCGUGCGCCAGUACACGCUGGGCGAAUUCGCCCGGGAGCAGGAGCGGAUCCACCGGGAGAUGUUAAGAGAACACCUCAGGGAGGAAAAACUGAACUCUUUAAAACUAAAGAUGACGAAGAACGGCACCGUGGAGUCUGAAGAAGCUAGCACUCUGACCGUGGAUGACAUCUCUGAUGAUGAUAUUGAUUUAGACAACACAGAGGUAGACGAAUACUUCUUCCUACAACCCCUGCCAACAAAAAAGCGACGAGCACUGCUGCGGGCGUCCGGCGUGAAAAAGAUCGAUGUGGAGGAAAAACACGAGCUGCGAGCCAUCCGCCUGUCGCGCGAGGACUGCGGCUGUGACUGCCGCGUGUUCUGUGACCCGGAAACCUGCACCUGCAGCCUGGCAGGCAUUAAGUGUCAGGUGGAUCGAAUGUCUUUCCCGUGUGGCUGCACUAAAGAAGGAUGUAGUAACACAGCAGGUAGAAUUGAAUUUAAUCCUAUCCGUGUCCGGACUCACUUUUUGCACACAAUCAUGAAACUCGAACUGGAGAAAAACCGAGAGCAGCAGCUCCCCACGCUGAACGGCUGCCAUGGGGAGAUAAGUGCUCACAGUAGUUCCAUGGGCCCUGUGGCUCACUCCGUAGAAUAUUCUAUCACAGACAAUUUUGAGAUUGAAACUGACCCCCAGGCUGCAGUACUGCACUUGCAGUCCGCUGAGGAAUUAGAUUGCCAAGGAGAGGAGGAGGAGGAGGAGGAGGAGGAGGAGGAGGAUGGGAGCAGCUUCUGCAGCGGGGUCACCGAUUCCAGUACACAGAGCUUGGCACCCAGCGAGUCCGAUGAGGAGGAGGAAGAGGAAGAGGAGGAGGAAGAGGAGGAGGAGGAGGAGGAGAAAGGAGACAGUUUCAUGGAAGGUUUGGGUACCCAUGCUGAAGUGGUCCCUCUCCCUUCCGUCCUGUGUUAUUCUGAUGGCACCGCCGUGCACGAAAGCCACGCGAAAAAUGCUUCUUUUUAUGCCAACUCUUCAACUCUGUAUUACCAAAUAGAUAGCCACAUUCCAGGAACUCCUAACCAGAUCUCUGAGAACUAUGCUGAAAGAGACACUGUCAAAAAUGGUACCCUCUCGCUGGUGCCUUACACCAUGACCCCAGAGCAGUUCGUUGACUACGCCCGACACGCAGAAGAGGCCUACGGCUCCUCCCACUACCCAGCUGCCAACCCCUCUGUCAUCGUUUGCUGCUCAUCCUCGGAAAAUGACAGCGGUGUGGCCUGCAAUAGCUUAUAUCCUGAACACAGGUCCAAUCACCCUCAAAUGGAAUUUCACUCAUACUUGAAAGGCCCCUCCCAGGAGGGGUUUGUCUCUACAUUGAAUGGCAGCCACAUUUCAGAGCAUUCUGCUGAAAAUCCUUUGAGCCUUGCAGAAAAGAGCAGACUGCACGAAGAGUGCAUCAAAUCACCCGUGGUGGAGACCGUCCCUGUCUAGUCGCCUAAGUUAUUCUAGGACCAAGUCUUCUAUUUAAAGCACUGUAUUUAAUUGGAUUUCCUGGGCUCGUGGUUGUUUAAACUGAGGACCAAGAAAACUUGGACUGUGAUGAAUCUUCCAGACUGUACUUUGUUUUCCCCUUUCUAGCUGUGUGUCUGUGGCAUUGCACAAAUACAGUCUCUGUGAGGAUUUUAAACGAUUUCAGACUGUUUUGAUAGAAAAUGCUAAUUUUAAAAAAGCAUAGAUCACAAUUGCCUACCUGUCAAACUGUGUGAAACCUGCCAAGUUGUGUAGACCAGAGCUCCAAGUUUUGGAUUAUCGGGCCUGUGCAAAAUUGUUAACUAAGACUGGGAGAGAAUAAGAUUUAGAGUCCUACUUUUCGAUAUUAUCUGAAGAUGAUGGUGACUUUUUAAUGUAAACAUAAUUAUUGUAAGAAAAAGAUUUAAUUGUCCCAUGUGUGUUUUAUUCAUGGUAGUUCGAAGUCAUGUUUUGAUGAAAAUGAGCAGCCGCAUGUUCUUUUAAGCUGAAGAUGCAUAGUUAGUACCACCGAGCAUGCCCACAUGGAUUGCAUCUGGAAUCCAUUCACGUUUUUACGAUCAUAACUGAUCAAAUUUGCAAAUACUUUCUUAAGGGUGAAAUAGGCCUAUUUUUGCUAUUUUGGACAAAUAAAUGAGUCUAUAUGUGCAGGUCCUUACACAGUUUUCUCUCCAGUUAAGAGUUAGGACAAUCCUUUGGGGAGGGUCUAGUUCAUUGCCCUCCCUCAAUUGACUCCAGAGAUGGAGGUAGAAGGAAUUGCCUUUCUUUUUUAAACAGCAUCAUCUUGGUUCUUACCUUGGACAGCACUUUUAAACUCUACUCCCCUACAUCAAAAUGCACUUUAGUGCCCCUUCAUGGUAACUUGUGAGGGGUGGGGACUGAGAACUCUUUGAGAUGACAAAUUUUAAAACAAUUUUUUUUAAAUCUGUAACUCUGAUAAGGUUCAUAUACUUAAUAUAGAGGAAUCAUCCAAUGGUAUUCUGUGAAGGAAAAAUGACCUGUUUUCCUUCGCGGCUCUGAAGACCUAACUCUGUAAACGCAGAAGAGGCUGAGGAACAUGGAAGAGACACACCCUCAGCAACCAGCCUUUUCUACAGCGAGACCAAUCCAUCUCUACAGGAUGAGUGUAUAAUGAGAUUUCCAUUUAGUGACUAGCUGAUCGAAGCAGGGGCCUCUACCCAAAUACUCAACUAGGCCUUACUUUUCUGCAGCGUUUUGAUUUAUCUUGCCUGGGACAUUUAACAGAACAGUCCAGAAAGCAUUGAAUACUUUCUAAUUACCUCACGUUCUCUUGUUAAAGGGGACAGUUAGAAAUAAAACAAGCACUCCCUACCUUUAGAUUAUCUAUACAUGGCUCGUCGGAGGACUUCUAAGAUCCUGUUUUCCUGUAAAUUAAUUUAGGUAACUAAGUAGAGUGUUUUCCCUUCUUUUUUUCAAUACACUAUGACUACGCUAAA